CCGAAGCACUCCCUCCCCAGUAAUCAAAGCAAGUCAUCAGCCGGCAGUACUCUAUCCCCGCGCAUCACUCCCUCGUGGCGUAUCCGCUCUCUAAUCUCCACCCCAAUACUCUGUAGGCCCCAUAACCAUUUAACGAAGCCGGAUCAUACCAAACGACAACUCCCGGCACGGCAGGCCAAAGCUGGAUAUUGACAAAACCACGAUCAACACUCGUUCAAUUAUCCAUCGACUUCAUAUUGAUAAACCGAGCGAACAAUGGCCGACCCCGACCCUGACCGCCCCGGCUCCCGGGGAUACCACGCCUCUCCCGUGCCACCCAGCCCGCACCCCUCCAUCGCCAGCCGAACGAGCAGGUCAAGCCUGCGUCGAGAACAAGAGCGCCGGGAAGCUCCAGCAUCGCACCCCCGACCGGCCUCGGCGGCGUACUCCUCGCGCCCGCAUACACCACACGCAGCCGCAACCGCAGCCGCGGGCCCCGUCCUCGCAGAUCACCCGCCUAGUGCCUCGCCUCCACCUCCGCCACCUCAACCUGCACGCCCACCGUUUUCCCCAGUUUUCGCACUCAUAGCUUCAACAUUACAUUCUUCAAACCGGCAGACGAUACACCAUCCGACAGUACACUACAUCUUUGCCGACGACGACCCAGAGAGACUAACUUCCGCCCUGGCAUACUAUAAUGGAGCUGGUUACGACGGCGAAGACGGCGAGGGCGAUUCGGAUGGCCCAAGCCCAAAAGACCGAGGCAUACUCCUAGACAUGGAGCCCACACCGGAUGGCGGAUCAGGGUACGGCUACGAAAUAGCAUUGGCCAGCAGUCUGACCCCGGACUGGGCGGUAACGUCAGCUCGGCUGAGUCUGAUGGAGGAAGCUGGCAACAGCAGCGGCGGGGUAGCAGCAAGAGGUGGACUAGGCAACAACCUAGUCCUGAAGAUAGAGGGCGUGAGUAUCGAUCCGCCCUCUUCGGCUGCUGGUCCCGGUCCGAUGGGCAUGACGCCAACCCCCGAGAUGGAGAUGCCGUCGUCCGACGGCAGCUCCGUGCGACAACAACAGCCGGCCCCUUCUGGUGGUGAAGACUACUCGAGCCUUCUACAGGAGUUUGAGAAGCGCAUGUCGACCCUGCGGAAGGUGGUUGAAGCUGGUGCUGCGAGACAGCGAGUCCUGGGUGACAUCGUUGGACCGGUAUCGGAAGGCAUGGCUGCGGAAAGAGGCCCGUGACGCUUCUGCAUUAUCCAAGCUUAACUUUUGUAAGGCUUGCCCACAUUAAGGUCGGAUAUUUACGAGCCUGAUUUGUUGGUAAUUCCAUUUGCGGAGACACGUAUGUUGCUGGAAAGGAGCAACUAGCAACUCGGCGUGUUGGCCAAGGUUCCGGCAAGCCAUGAACACAACCACUUGAGACCCAGAAGUGAGAACUCGGAAAAGCAGAACUAAGGACAAUGUGAAUUCUAUUACAAUGCCUUAUACGCACCGGUAGAGA